UUCCUCCAUAUGGCACGUUAUACUAUUUUCCUUGUCCUUUUCUUUCUAAUUUCAAGUCUCUUCUUUUUUAGCAGAAGAGUUGUUGAACCCAAAAUCUCUUUUUACAGAGACGGCCUUUCUCAAACACCUAUACUCUUGCAAAAUCAGACACCCAUUUUGCCAAGAUCUGAUUUUUAUGAUAGUUUGGUUAAACCCAUUUCACCAGAGACAUCAAAGUCUCAAGGACUAGAGGAGAUACCCAUUUUGCCAAAAUCUGAUUUUGAUGUUAAUUUGGUUAAACCCAUUUUACCUGAGACUAACUCUAGUUCUAGUGAGACGCCAAAAUCUCAAGGACCCAUUUUGCCAAAAUCUGAUUUUGAUGAUAAUUUGGUUAAACCAGAGACCAACUCUAGUUCUAGUGAGACAUCAAAAUCUGAUACACCCAAAUCUAAUUUAGUUGAGAAAAACUCAAGACCAAAGUUGGUUGACUCAAGUUGUGAUCUUUUCAAGGGAAUUUGGGUGAGAGAUGAGAAUCACCCAAUUUAUAAGCCAGGUUCUUGCCCUUAUGUGGAUGAGGCUUUUGAUUGCCAGACUAAUGGUAGGCCCGACUCACAAUAUCUUAAAUGGAGAUGGAAGCCACAUGGAUGCCAUCUUCCAAGGUUUAGUCCAUCAGAUUUUUUGAAGAGAUUGAAAGGAAAGAGGUUGAUGCUGGUUGGGGACUCAAUGAACCGGAACCAAUUUGAAUCGCUCCUUUGCCUUCUUCGUGAAGGCCUCACUAAUAAGAGUAAAAUGUAUGAGAUCCAUGGGUAUAAGAUAACAAAAGGAAGAGGCUACUAUGUUUUCAAAUUUGAGGAUUAUAACUGCACAGUUGAAUUCGUGCGCUCACACUUCCUUGUUAGGGAAGGAGUACGUAUCAAUCCUCAAGGAAGCUCAAAUCCAACUCUGUCAAUAGAUCGCAUAGACAAAACAUCUAAUCGUUGGAAGGGAGCUGAUAUUCUUAUCUUCAAUACGGGGCAUUGGUGGACUCAUGGAAAGACUGCCAGGGGGAAAAACUAUUAUAAAGAAGGUGACCAUAUAUACCCUAAAUUCGAUGCUGUUGAAGCUUAUAGGAGAGCAUUGAAGACCUGGGCUAAGUGGAUUGACGAAAACAUGAGCCGUGAAAAGUUGAUUAUAUAUCGUGGGUACUCUUCAGCUCACUAUAGAGGCGGAGAUUGGGAUUCAGGUGGAAGUUGUAAUAAAGAGAGUGAACCUGUUUCGAGAGGAGCUAUCCUUGGAAACUAUCCUUUGAAAAUGAAGAUUGUGGAAGAGGUGAUUAAGGAAAUGCAGUUUCCAGUAGUCCUUUUAAACGUAACACAGUCAACAAAUUUCCGCAAGGAUGGGCACCCAUCAGUGUAUGGUAAGGUUGGUAAAAAAGGGAAGCAAGAUUGUAGCCAUUGGUGUCUACCGGGAGUCCCUGAUGCAUGGAAUGAGCUAAUCUAUGUCACUUUGGUGUUGCAACCAUGACCUGCUUUCUUGAAUACAAAAGAGGCUGAUGUGCAGCAAAUGUUUUUUUUACCUCUUCCCUAGGAGUUCCCACCUUUUUACUUCCGAACUCACAAUCUUAGAAUUGAAUAAGAUUUGAAAGUGAGGGGCAGCAAAUAUAAAAUUGUAAAAUGAGAUGAAUAUACGUUGCAUCAUUUCAGAUUUUGUACCAAAAAUAGGCAAUGUUAUUAUAUUGGAGGUUGAAAGAGAAAAAAACACAAUCAAAUAUAUACUAGUAUUGACUAAUUUCAACCCAAAACUUC